GCCCCCCGCUGGACCAGUGCAUUGUGGGACAGCGGCAGGGGCAGGCAGUGGUUCCGUAUUUGGGAUUUCUACAGCUAGCUGAUAGUUGCGUCUCCAUGCAGCCAACUGGAAGGUAUGGAGGAGAAUGGGACCCCGCCGUACUGAUGCUUCUCGCUGAAAGGACCGCACCGCUACUCCAGUUUUAGAUGGUUCAUGCACACUGCAACACUGCUGCCUCCCAGCACCCAUCAUGCCUUAUGGAAUAUUCAUCCACCGCCAAUGACAUUCCAGUGGGAUCCAUGUUUACAGCAACAGUUCAUUUUGCCAACAAUUAGCCUUUUUACAGCUUUGUUUUAAUCAGGAUUGCUCCCUGUGCAAAGCACACCAUCACAACUGCCAGCCUGUGCUUUUUGUUUCUCUACAAUCAACUUCUCUGCUUUUGCAAGAGGCUGACCCCCUAUCAUGAGAUUCCGAAUCUACAAAAGGAAGGUGGUGAUACUGACUCUGGUGGUUGUCAUCUGUGGCCUAGCUUUCUGGAGCAGCGGAAGGCAGAAAAAGAACGACAGUGGAUCAUUCCCCAAGGAAGUGGAGACAGUGAGGAGAAGCAGCAGCGUUAGCAGCAGCAGUAGCAGCAUCAACAACCAUAUCCAGGCGCAAGCCACACCUGCCAUCAGCCGGGCACCUGUUCCACCUCCUGUUAGACAAUCAAAUGACACAUAUCCAGAAAAAGUAAAGGAUAAAGAGAAGAUACCCAAGCCGGAAGUAGAUAAUACCACUUUAGUCUACCGUGGCAUUGUCUUCCAGCUAAAUUUUGACCAGACAAUAAGAAAUGAGGAAAAGUUUAAGAGCUUGCGACAGAAAGACGAUCUGGUUGUGGUGGUUCAGGUCCAUAACCGACCAGACUAUCUUAAACUAUUAGUGGACAGUUUGCGGAAAGUCAGAGGUGUGGAGAGCAUACUGCUGAUAUUCAGCCAUGACUACUGGUCCCCUGAGAUAAAUAAAGUGGUGGCCUCUGUUGACUUCUGUCAAGUCCUUCAGAUUUUCUUUCCCUUCAGCAUUCAGCUGUACCCCCAAGAGUUCCCUGGAAAUGACCCCAGGGACUGCCCUAGAGACAUUCCCAAAAAAGACGCCUUAAAGUUGGGAUGCAUCAAUGCAGAGUACCCUGACUCAUUUGGUCACUACCGCGAGGCCAAGUUCUCCCAGACCAAGCACCACUGGUGGUGGAAGCUGCACUUUGUAUGGGACAGGGUUCGGGUUCUGAAGGACCAUAAGGGUCUGGUCCUGCUGAUUGAGGAGGACCACUACUUGUCUCCGGACUUUAUCCAUCUCCUAAAGCUGAUGUCAGCUCUGAAAAGGGACCAGUGCACAGACUGCGACAUCCUCUCACUGGGGAGCUACAGCCACAUUGGGUAUUCCAGCAAAGCAAAUAAGGUAGAGGUGAAGGCCUGGAAGUCCACUGAGCACAACAUGGGGAUGGCACUGAGUAGAGAAACGUACCAGAAGCUUAUUCAGUGCACCGACACUUUCUGCACUUAUGACGACUACAACUGGGAUUGGUCCUUACAGCACCUGACUGUGUCCUGCCUGCCCUCCUACUGGAAGGUCAUGGUGAGUGAGGCGCCACGGAUUUUCCACGCCGGAGACUGUGGCAUGCACCACAAGAAGACCUCUUGCAUGCCAAUCAGCCAGAAAACCAAGAUAGAAAACAUCCUACAGAGCAGUGGGAACCAGCUGUUCCCAAAGAACCUCCUGAUAGCAAAGAGACUGCCAGCCAACGGGGUCGGAGGGAUGGCCCCGCAUGUGAAAAAUGGGGGCUGGGGAGAUAUCAGGGACCAUGAACUCUGCAAGAGUUAUGUUCGAUUACAGUGACCUUAAUUGCUACUAUUAUAUAUUAUUGUCUCUUUUGCAUCCUCUAUAAAGAAAAAAAAAGCCUUUUAAAAGUAAAUCUUUAUGGACUAUUCUUCAUAUUGCCUGUUUUAUUGGACUGUUCCAAAUAAAGUCGAAUGUUGGAUUUUUGGCUUCUUUAACAGAAGUAUUUCUUUACAUUGAAUUAUUUAAGUGAUUCCUGGCAAGUCUACUUUGUUUUGUAAGUUGUAAUUAACAAAAAUACACUAAACAA